GCAUCGAGUGAUCACGAGUAACUUUUCUUCGGAGAUUUACUCAUGAAUGAUUUCUUACGUUUUGAUUUAUUAGGAUAGAAUCUUUUUCCUUCGCGAUUAUAAUUAUUAGCACUUUGUCAUAUUCAUAGAUAUUCACGAGUUCUAAUAAAAAAUGAAUAGGAAGACAUUUUCGAUGGAUAAUUUUUAGAUUACAAGCAAAAUUGCAUGAUUUGCUUGUAAUAAUCAAAGGUUUGCUUUAUAUUUUUAAAUAAAAAUUAAUUAAAUAUUUAAUCAAUUUUUAAUAAUAAAAAAAGUUUCAAUAGAGUCGUUGCUUUUGAAAGAGAAAAGUCGAGGAAAGUUAUUGUUUGUAAAAGUCGAGUAGAGUCAUUGUUAAAAUAACAGAUACUUGUAGAAUCACGGCCCGUAGACACUAGAAUAAAUUAAUCAAUUUUUAGUUCAAGAUAUUCAAUUAAUAUACUAAUUCCCGCUUCCCCACUAUGUUUUUUCGAUUUUUCGGGGAUGAGAUAUCUCUCGACCAAAUAGCAGUAAUCAUUUUUUAUGCAAAGAUUUUAGAUUUUUUCUAUUCUUGAUUGCACUAAUGUUGUCAAUUUCCUUCCACAUUUUAGAAUCUUUUUUAAAUAUUCUUCUAUUAAAUAUUCUUCUUAUUUUAUUCUUAUUUAUAAGUCUUUAAUAGAAGAGUAUUCUUAAAUACACUUAUCUCAAUUGAACUCGCAAAAUGAUGUUUGUGAGAGAAACUAUGCCCUGACAUACGACGAAGACACAAUUGUAAUCAAAUCUCAAUUUUGAGCCAAAUCUCAUUUUAAUUCAUGCGCGCCAACAGUAUGAGGGGCACAGCAUACCUAACAAAUAUACAUAUCGAUACGAUGAAUCGAGAGAAGGGAUAGAGUUUUUCUAACGCACUUCUACUUCAUUUUUUUCCCGUACCAUCGCUGAAAUCACAUAUGUCUCGAGCGAUAUUGGGUGAACAACAUUAAUCUUAAACAUUCUAUGAUUACCUAUUUGGAUGUAAAAUAUAACCUAUGCAAUUGUUGUGUACGAACACAAGAUCAAUCAAGAAAAGAAUUCUAGUAACAAGUUUUUGUUGAUAUAAUGUAAACUUUGUAAAUUUAAUGGUAUAAUCGAGAUAAUUUGCAUUUUUUGAUAGAAAAACGCAGUUUGAUGGCUUUUUCACAACCAAAUUCAAGAGAAUUGCAAAACCGAAAAAUCUUAGAAGAGUUACAGUUAAAGAAACAAAUGUUAUUGAAACAAGGUGUUGCGCCGACUUUAAAUACAUCAUUAGCUGUUACUUCUACUGGCUCUGCAUCUACUGUGCCUACUACACAAUCUACUGAUGGAGUAGCAAUGAGUGCAUCGCAAAGAGCUGCUCUACAUAAUGCACAUGCAGCAUCUACAGGUUCAUCCUCGUCUGCGUGACCAAGUGUACGCAAUACUGAUGUAUUAUAAAAGUAUUGCCAUUGAUGUGUAAGAAUGCUGCAUAAUAAAACUAU